AUUGAAUCUAAUAGAGCUCCCAUAUAACAGUCGCUUCAAGCGCCUUCCUUCCUAAUUACGCCUGCCUCGUUUAGUAUAUGCGCCCUGGAUUCAGGAGCUGUGAAGGAUGAUGGAAUACCAUCCAGACGAUAUCUUCAUGCCAGAUGAGCCCUUCUCGCUAUCAGAGGCACUGAUCAACGAUGCGCACUUCUCUCUCGACCCCGAAUCUCUCAAAUCGCCCUUUACCCUCGGCCAGUCGGACGAUGCUCUGUUCAACAGUUCGCUGGCAGAGUUGAUGGGCGAUUACACUCCGAAGGAUGUAGCCCAGAGCUCAUAUCUCUACUCAGAUACGCACUACAACGCGCAACCCGGUACCGAUCCUGGCGCUCCCGACGAUCAUAGGGGCAUGCAACCAUCAACCACGGAGGACGGCGGCGACCAGGAUGAAAGAGGGCAUAUCUCACCCUCGAGGCUGUCUUCGAUUUCGGAAUCGUCCUUUUCGUCGCCAUCUUUCGACAACGACUUCGCCCCGCAAGUCAAGGAAAUUGAGUGGGCGCACUCACCAGAGGAUACCAAGGGGUGGUCGCAGUUCGACGAGGAAGAUAUCAUGCGUCGCCACAGUCUAGGUUCAUUCUCCUACGGGACGACAUCUAGCACUGAUCAAGAAGAACCCACUAAAACCGAGCGGUCCAAGAGCUGUGUCACCCACGAAGAACUGCUGAAGCCGCGGCGGCGGCGAGGCAGGAAACCAUCUAAUCUGAGCCCCGAAGAGAAGCGGAGGCGGCGUCUUGAGCGCGGUCGGCUCGCCGCUAACAAAUGCCGCCGAAAGAAGAGGGAGCUGGAGAAUGAACUGGAAACCAAAGCUAAGGAUCUCGCGGCUCAGCGCAACCACAUGUUGAAGAUCAGUAAUGACCUCAAGGACGAGGUACAGAGCCUUCUGGAGGAGGUAAUGAAUCAUUCACAUGCGGCUUGCGGCGGCAUCCCAGAGGCUACGGGCCUCGUCGGCCAUGCCAUGCGUGGCUCUCCGCCCACAACCCGAGCUCUACUGGACCUUGAACGAUCAGUAGCGCAUCUCUACUCCAAGGGGGACCCAAACUGUAUGCAGGUCUCCCUUUCUCCAGAGCUCGCCGACCCAACAGCGCAUAUGACCUCAGCAACACCCAACGGCGGGAAUGCUAUGGCCAACAUGAUGCACGCGGGGUAUAGGGAGGGCUGUGUGAGCUGAUAAUUUUUGCGCUUCUACAUAGACAUCAUCCUCACCUCACAUCGUUGCUCAAUGAGCCUGUCAAGGUGGUGGAGUUCUGGCGAG